AUGUCAGGAAACAUGUCUCUUCUGUCAGGGAGUCCCACAAGCAUUUGGGAGAACUCCUCUGUGCUGAACGCCACCCCUCCUCGCUUUCCUUCUGACUGGGAGACACCCACAUUCACUGUGGCCGCGCGCUUCCGUGUGGCGGCCACCCUGGUGCUGUUUGUCUUCGCAGCUAUCAGUAACCUCUCAGUGCUGAUCAGCGUGACCCGGGGACGAGGACGUCACCUGGCCUCCCACCUGCGGCCCCUCAUUGCCAGCCUGGCCUCCGCUGACCUGGUCAUGACAUUUGUGGUGAUGCCACUCGACGCUAUAUGGAAUAUCACAGUGCAGUGGUAUGCCGGCGAUGCCAUGUGCAAGGUCCUCUGCUUCCUCAAGCUUUUUGCCAUGCAUUCGGCAGCGUUUAUCCUGGUGGUGGUGAGUUUGGACAGGCACCAUGCAAUCCUGCACCCGCUGGAAGCUCUGGAUGCCGGCCACAGGAACAGAAGGAUGCUGCUGGCUGCCUGGAUCCUCAGCAUCCUGCUCGCCUCUCCACAGUUAUUUAUUUUCAGGGCGAUUAAGGCUGAAGGAGUUGACUUUGUUCAGUGUGUAACUCAUGGAAGCUUCCAGCAGCGCUGGCAGGAAACAGCCUAUAACAUGUUCCACUUUGUCACCCUGUAUGUGUUCCCUCUACUGGUAAUGAGCUUCUGCUAUACGCAUAUCCUCGUGGAAAUCAACCGCCAGAUGCCUCGUGGUAAAGGAAAGGGUGGGGAACCUUGUCUGAGACACAGUGGGACCGACAUAAUCCCAAAAGCACGCAUGAAGACCCUGAAGAUGACUAUCAUCAUCGUGGCAUCAUUUGUAGUGUGCUGGACCCCGUACUACCUGAUGGGCAUCUGGUACUGGUUUCAGCCUCGUAUGCUGCAGGUGAUGCCAGAAUACAUCCAUCACGCUCUCUUCGUCUUCGGCAAUCUCAACACGUGCUGCGAUCCGGUCAUCUAUGGUUUCUUCACACCCUCAUUCCGAGCUGACAUAAUCAGCUGCUUCAGCAGAAGGAAUCAAAACUCUUCUCCCAAAUCACUGGACCGACUCUCCGGAAGGAGAGGGGGUGCAAGCAGAGAAGCCGAGUCAGACCUCGGAAGCAGUGACCAGCCCAGCGGACAACAAGCAUAGAGGGUCAAGAUACCUCAAUGAGCUAGAUUUUUCCCCGUAAACAUGAAAUAAGGGACUUUUACUCUGUGUCCAGACAUCUAUAUGUAUAAGCUUCUUAUGGUGUCUUGGUAUUUGUAGUAUGAGCAAGUAUCCGUUUGCUUGAAGUCAGUUUGAAUCCACUUGAACAUGGAAAAGCAACAGUAUCACAUUGUGGUUUCAAGCUUGGAUAUCUUCUAGAAAGAUACAACUGUAGAUAACUAUGAAUGUAAAAGAUCAAAUGACAGCACAAUGCUUCAGGCAGUACCUUGAACGUGAGAUAUUUGCCGGUCUGGAACAGGGUUAUAAAUGUACAGUGCCUCAUGUAUAACGGCUUACGUGUCUGGAAUCAGUUAAUGAGGAUCUCUAACUAAUUAAAUCUCAGAGUUCAGAGUGACAACCCCAGCUAAAAGCUUCUCUGACACGUUGCUUAUCUAACAUUUCCUCUCUACAUCCUGAUUAGGAAUGUCACUUAAUGUUUCACAAUGGCCUUAGCUCAUGAAUCAUUCAUUAAUAUGAAAUGCUAUCGUGAAUGUUCAGGCUCACACACUGUGUUUAUCUGUGAAAUCACUAUGAAUGUUCUUCGUGGAAUUCAUCCAGUUGUGUUUGCAGUGUAUUGUGUUGAUGAUGAUAUGCAUGAUAUGUCAUCUUUGUGACGUGUGCUAGUGGUGAAAAAUUAAUGUUGAUGGACCAUACAGCCUUAAACGGAUAGUUCACGUAAAAAUAAAAAUG